AUCGCAUCGCCUUACUCGAUCCCAAAGAGGACCGACCCAACCGCCCAAAAUGCCUCCCUUCGUCUCCUCCCUCACGCUCCGCACGCUCCGGACCCUCGUCCAACGCCCCUCCGUCAUCCCCUUCCCCAAACCCCAACCACAACCCAGCUCGAUACUCCCGCGCUUCCAACCCAUCCUCCGCACCCCGUCCGCCAUCACCGCCGCCGCGGCCCCGGGCUUCCGCACCUUCUCGACCUCCCCCCUCCGCCAGACGACGUACAACCAGGUGCGGCGCGGGUGCCGGGUGGCGCAGCGUGCGCGCCGCGCGCGGUCCCCGGCACUGAAGGACCGGCCCGAGAUGAAGGGCGUGUGUCUGAAGACGGGUAUCACGAAGCCGAAGAAGCCGAACUCCGGCGAGAGGAAGACGGCGAGAGUUAGGCUUAGCAGUGGGAAGGUCAUUACGGCUUAUAUUCCGGGCAUGGGCCACAACGUCCAGCAGCACAGUGUCGUUCUCGUUCGCGGCGGUCGUGCCCAGGAUUGUCCCGGUGUGAAAUACCACUGUGUCCGAGGCGCCAUGGAUCUGGGUGGUGUUUCCAAUCGCUUGACGAGUCGGUCGAAGUACGGCACCAAGAAGCCUAAGAGCGAUUAGGUGGUUACGUUACCUGCAUGAGUAGGUGAUUGGGUGUGGUUACACGUCGGGUGUGACCUAUAUACUGUAUGAGUGUACAGUACAUAGGUUCGUGGGGUGUUGGUUUGAGAUUUUCCUUGUACUAUUUAUCUGAGUUUGUUCAAACGGAUUGUUAUCGUUAUCAAAACGCCUAUGUACAUUUAUGAAGCAUUUCUUGCGGAUGGGUUCUCUGCUUCCGUUUCUUCCUGAUUAAUCGCAUCACACAACGCAGCAUAGAAGAGCAACUGCUUCAGCUGCUAGCCACUGCCCUGGAUAUAUCGCAUGUCUCAAGGGCAAGAGAACAAGAGAGAAAACUCCCAUAAUAAGACAUGAUACGUGAACGCCCAAUUUUAUACGAAAUAGUAAGGAAAAACG